AUGGGCGGCGAAAAGGCGGGAGCCCCUGCCGCGGACGGUCGAAUCUCUGCCUUCAGCGCUUUCCAUCAGCUUGGAUCAGGCGUAUUCAUCAACACCGAGGUGACUCUUCAGACUGCGCUCAAGGAAAUUCAUCGACCCGACCAUGUCACUUGGAUUGACGCGCGCGAGUGUGAUAUCCUUGGCUUUGCUGAAGCCGGUCAUGCAAAAGCUCGCCUACGUGAGAGUGACGCAACUUUCACUGCCAUACGAUCAUACAAGGUCGCUGCACGCUAUCUAGAUGAACCCCAGGGCUCAGUCCGUGAUACCAUCUGGUUUGCUCAGUGGGACUACGAAUGGAACGGCCAAUCGGUGCUGUGUUACAAGUUCAGAUGGAUUGCAGAUCACUGGGCCCACCAGUACUAUGUCGUAGUCACGGACCAGAGUAACGUCGUUGACGGUCGCUGCAAAUACACCGAACAGCUGAUCAAGGCCUGCGGUACAUGGUGCGAUGCAAUUCACGACGAGAUCUAUGUCUACGAGGACGGCGAGUGGGAGAAAAACAAGGCCCUCUUCCACGCAGUGAGCAAGGCGUCUUGGGACGAUGUCAUCCUCAGUCCUUCUAUGAAGACCGAGAUCGUCCAAGAUGUUGAGUCCUUCUUUGACUCGCGAUCUACCUACGCCGAGUACAACAUUCCCUGGAAGCGAGGCAUCAUCCUUCAUGGCCCACCAGGUUGUGGCAAAACAAUCUCCAUCAAAGCUUUGAUGAACAGCGUCCGCCACAAGAACGUCGCAAAUCUCUAUGUCAAAAGCUUCAGAGCUGGUUGCCACACCGACGAACGGAGCAUUCGAGAGAUUUUCAUGAAAGCUCGCGCAGUCUCGCCCGCAUUGCUCGUUUUCGAAGACCUCGACAGUUUGGUUCAGGACGAUGUUCGAUCGUUCUUCCUCAAUGAAGUUGACGGCCUCGAAGACAAUGAUGGUAUCUUCAUCAUUGGUUCUACAAAUCACAUCGAAAGGCUCGACACCAGCAUUACCCAGCGUCCAUCGCGAUUCGAUCGCAAGUUCCACUUCGAACCCCCUUCAAAGCAGGAACGACUACUCUACUGUCAGUUCUGGCAGCAGAAACUUCAGACCAUCCCAGCCAUCGAGAUCACCGACGAAGUUUGCCAAGCUGUAGCAGAUUCCACCGAGGGCCUCACGUUUGCGUACUUGAAGGAGGUCUUCUUGCAGUCGCUGACGAUGCAUCUCCAUGCGCACGCCCAUUCAAAGGGACAAGGUACUUCUGAGACCGAGGGACUGGGAUCCACUCAACCCAAGAUUCCCUCAAGCUUGGAGUCGAAUUCGUUCUACAAGAUGCUCCAACAGAAUAUCAAGACUGUGACCGAAGACCUUGGAAGUCAGGAAGAGGUGCCGAUCAACAAAAUACCUCGCGGCACCUCAGACUCACCGAAGAUGAAGGUUGUCAGAGCCAGACGUAUCUACCGGACUCCUGGUUAA